AUGUUAGUUAGGGCUAAUCUCAUUAUUAAUCAAGUACGCUUCAUUUCAUUUCCAGCAAAUGAUACACCAACCUCAUUGCACAAUGAUCAAGACGCUACUGUUGAGGAUCAGCUAUACCCUCAUUCUGAACAGGAAGCAAUUCCCGAAAUGACGGCAAAGUCGGCAAAUAGCAAUCAUGGCGACUACGGCACUAUUAUUAUCCACAACGAUAAUCAACAGGACACCUCACCCCAUGGUGUUGAGUCUACCGCUGAAACUCAGUGCAAGAUUGCAUUAGAACCAAAUGUUACAGACAACAAGAUUGCACAACAAGACAUGACAUGCUCUACUUCUUCUACAGUUUCCUCGCUACAGCCACAAACAGAUAGCGAUAGCCUGCAUAGCGACAACUUGACUUCAUAUCAUGGCAUACUAUCCAAGAUGCCAGUGAGCAGCCUUCUUCUAGAGAGCCCCAUUCCGUCAUGUAUUGGAAGCAUCGAUUUCAAGGAAAACUAUAGUCUUUUAACAGAUGAUGACACACUUACUCCUCCCGUGAAGCUAGUCUAUUAUAAGCGACGUGAAGAUUUCUACCCGCAAAAGAUAAUGGAGCAGCAGCAGCAGCAGCAGCAGCAACAGGAAGAAGGCGAAAUCUCUCCUCCUGCAUUGAAUCACAACAGACGUCAAAGUCUUCAGUAA